UAGUCCCUGAACUCAUCGCGAGAACGAGAAGCCUACGCCCUGUUGGAGCACAGAGACAGACCCUCUUCCUACAUGGUUACCUUCUAAAGGAUUUAUUACGAUAACUGUAAUGUUUGGUUAACGUGGGACUUUUUUUCGUAGGCUAUAGCGCAGUGCUUUCUGGAUGUUGACGUUGUUGCAUGAAGUCUUGAUAAACUACAAACGUGUCGUGCUUGUGACUAGUCGACGGUUCACGACGGGCUCUGUGUGUGUUUACUAUAAUGGAAAUAAUGAUAGUGGUGUUCAUGCUGUGGAGCUUCUUUGCAAUGGGUUUCUCACAGGAUGAGGUAGAGUAUGGGGACACAUACAGGAUUAGGCUGCCGAGAAAGACUGAAUCUGUUGGGUUCAUCAGAUCGAACAUCUCACAUGUGACAAUCUUGUGGAAUCGGGAUGAGCCUUCAACCAGUUAUAACAGUAGGCAAAAGGUGAUUGGUUCUUACUUUUUUUUAGAAAAAGUAACCCGGAAUGACAGCGGUACCUACAUAAUGAAAGACAAAGAUCAGAAAGUAAUUUCUUCCAGGACCCUGGAAGUCACGGUAAUCAAAAGAUACAACACAAAAGUUGUUGGCAGAUACUUCGACUUAACGUUUAAUGUGGAACCAGACUCCUGCAACAUUUACUUCAUCCGAGAUGGUGGAUAUGAGACUCAGGUAGUUCGUAAAGGCAAACUGCUGGAGCAUUUUGACGACCAGAAUUGUGAUGGACUCGACUUUUUAUAUCCAUGUGGGAUUUACAAAAAUUACAUUCAGUUGUCAUGUAACGGGCGCUUUGAGGUCAGAGAUAAGCAUGGUGACCUGGCCAUAGUGGAGACAGUGGAAGUAGAAGGAAGUGAUACAUUUUCUACCUCUUCUCUUGCUGAAGAAGAAGAAGAAGAAGAAGAAGAAGAGCCUAAGUUUGAUACAUCCACCUCCAUUGGUAUUGGCAUUGGUGCUAUACUUGGUGGACUCAGUUGCUGUUGCUGCACCAUACGUUUCUGCAACAGCAUAAGCUCCUCCAAGAAGGACAAGUCUGAGAGUCCUGAUGAGGAACCUACUGGUCAUUACCGUCAGUAUGAGAGGGAGCCUGUAAGACCGAGUUCAGACCAGCUCAGUCGGCCCUCUGAGACGCUGUACCCCACUGUGCCUCCUUAUAAUCUGAGCGUCCCGCUGAUACACAAUCCGCCCUCUGUGAGUGUGCCCCCAGCUUAUUCUGAGGUUUCAGCUCCAGCAGAGCCGGCAGUCGCUCCAGCAGAGCAGACAGUCGCUCCAACUUUCCCCGUCCCCUCUGAGGACCCCGGGCCACGGUUUGAACUCUCCAUCUCCUCGGCCCUCCCACUCAGUUCAAACUCAACUUUCUCUGAUGUUUAUACUUCAGACAAACUCAACUUCUGAUGAAACCCUACAUUUUAAGAAGAACACUUGUUAAUGAUUAGAACUAUUAGAAAAUAGUCCUCUGUCAUAUUGAUUAAGGCAAUAUUUGAGCCCAAGAGAACAAUUUGAAUUACUUAUUUAAGGCCCAGCAAGCUGUUUCCCCCUGUUUGCUGUGUUUAUGUAAACUAAGCUAGUUAGCCGCUAGCUUUGUCUCCAGAUUUAUCAAUCAGGAAUCAGAGUGAUAUAAAACGUAUCAUAAACCUGUCAUCGAGGGCAUUUAAAAAGAAACAGCUAAUUAGCCUGCUAAUAAUAUCAUUUUGUGGGACCCUUGACAGAAAGAUUACGAAAAUGUUUUAAUCUGAGUCAGUCCCAUUCGUUUUCAUGUAUAUAAUAGAUUUUAGCCUUCAAACUGCAAAUGUAUGGUAAGCCUUGAGACUCUGCCAAAGGAUAACAGCCUCAGGGUGAAAACACUCUUCUAGGAUGACUUUCUACCUCAUGAAACUCAGUUAAAACCUCCAGUUUUUUAAUAAUCUCAGUACUAUGAAUUGCGUUCAUAUGCAGUUCUUGUUCGGUGUUGUUUAAUUACUGCAGACUGUUAACACUUUCAAGGAAAUUACAAACAUAAAGUUGCUUUAACUCUGCUAAACUCCUACUUUUUCUAAGUGUGUCAUCAAUUUGAAAUGACACAUGUUACAUUUCUCAGGAUAAUCCCAUGUGUAUAUACAUGUUUUAUGCUCUUAUAGUUAUUGUAUGUCAACUUUGAGGUAUCACUCGUGCAGUUACACCUCAAAGGAUACCUCAAGUGCAUUAGUUAACAUAAAUGUAUCACAUAAACACAUAUAAAAGCAAUAUACUUAAAUGCAGCUGCAAUGUGCUUCUUUCUGCAGUUUUCAUUUUUAUCAUUCUCUUGUAAAUCAAACACAGAGCUGCAUUUGGAAGUUUCAUAUAUGUGUGUGUAUUAUGAAUGUACAUUUUUUAUUGUAGAUUUUACUUUUUAAAUGUUUUGAGCAUGUCCUAAUCAUUUACUGGAACCGUGUUUAAGAACAUGAUCAAAUGUGUUUUUAAACCUUUUCAUAACGGGUGAGCACUUUUUGUAUGCAUCUUUGUGUUUUCAGACUUAUGUCAGUUGCAUUAAAGCUGAUUAAACCCGACUGCACCGUA